GAUUGUUCAGACUUGAGAGUUGCCUACUGACUUAAGGGUUGGGAAUCUGAGAAAAUAGUAUGGGUUGGCUGACUCGAUUCCUGGCGGCCGUGGCUUUCCUAGCCAUGGGAGUGAUUUUCUCACCGGAGACUUUCGGAUCCAAGUCGGACGGUCCGCUCUCCACCUACCUGAAGCUGGCUCAUCUGCUCAGCUUCUCCACCGCGUUCGGGGCCGCUCUCUGGGUCACCUUCAUCGGCGGCAUCAUCAUGUUCAAGAAUCUUCCGAGGCAUCAGUUCGGUAAUCUGCAGAGUAAGAUGUUUCCGGCCUAUUUCACUAUGGUCGGGAUCUGCUGUGCCAUUUCAGUUGCUUCUUUUGGGUAUUUGCAUCCAUGGAGCUCUGCCACCCUAUCAGACAAGUACCAGCUCGGCUUUUUGAUUUCUUCAUUGGCCUUCAAUCUCUCCAACUUGUUCGUCUUCACUCCCAUGACUAUUGAGAUGAUGAAGCAGAGGCAUAAGAUAGAGAGGGAACAGAACAUUGGGGAAGAAGUUGGAUGGUCCAAAAAUGUGCAAGUUGCAAAGGUGAACCCAAAACUAGCAGCCAUGAAUAAGAAGUUCGGGAUGAUUCACGGGCUAUCCUCUCUUGCUAAUAUCAUGGCCUUUGGCAGCCUUGCCAUGCACUCGUGGUACUUGGCAGGUAAACUUGAUCUGUAGUAUGUUAACAAAAUCCAAGUUCCCCUUUAUUUGGGGAUGGGAGAAGGAAAUCUUCUGGGCUUAAGUUGAACUAUGGAUUUUAAUUCAAGAAAAUAGGGCUGAAUGCUUUUUUCUAUGGUUGAAUGUCAUAUGUACAAGAAUACAAUUACCUCAUGCUUGUCGAGGAAUCAUAAUUUCAUCAGACUUGAUCAUCGGAAGUAUGAAUUUAUAAAUGAAGAUGACUUACUGCA